CUCAGCUCCACCCACAGGGCAUUGCCCAGGAAUGCCAAUAAUUUGAAUACUGUACUGCCAUUAUUUUGGACUCGUUCUCCGGGGAGACGUUGUGUAUCAUGGUGUAUUUGUUGUAUAAUCAUUGUUAAUGUCAUCUUGAGUGCCAUGAGUGAAGGUAUAACUGCACUGGUGCUAGGGGGUUCAGGGGAGAUAGGCAAACAACUGGUCCGAGAGCUCAUCAACAAUGCUGCUUUCUCCCGUGAUUUAGUUGCCAGACGCCAAUUAAACAUCGAGAGUGAAAAGGCAGAGCAAAAAAUUGUUGAUUUUGAGAAGUUAGAUGACUACAAAGAAGCAUUUGAAGGUGCACAGGUUGCAUACUGCUGUCUGGGAACUACAAGGGCAAAGGCUGGUGCUAAGGGGUUUGUUCAGGUUGACCGAGACUAUGUGAGUCAUGCGGCCCGGCUCUUGAGGGAAGCAGGUUGCUCACACUUUCACCUGGUAACUGCCGCCAAUGCUAAUAAGAAUUCAUUUUUUCUCUACAGUAAGACCAAAGGAGAGGUGGAGGAACUGGUUCAGAAGUUAAAUUUCCCCCGACUUUCCAUUUACCGGCCUUCACUAUUACUCUGUGACCGCGAAGAAUCCAGACCAUUGGAGAAAGUUGCACAGGUGACUUGUCUUUGAAACUGUUAAAUAAAACUUCUUUAAAUGGAGUUAAUAAAAAACAUUAACCUUUAAGACAAGUAUCAGCAAUAUG